AUGUCCAUUCGCUCGAUCACCCGCGCACUCGCGGGUCUUGGUCUUUGUGCUGCUGCACUGACCGCCGCCGCCGCCGGUCCCUACUCCGGCAUGGUCGUCUUCGGUGACAGCCUGUCCGACAGCGGCAACAACGCGCUGUUGCUGAGCAACUUCGGCACGCAGCCGCUGCCGCCGGUCGUCAUCGCGAACGACGGCUCGUACAGCCGCAUCCCGUCGGCUGCCGGCACCUAUUCGAACGGCAUGGUCUGGACGCAGUACCUGGCGCAGUCGCUGGGCCUGACGCUCACGCCCUCGCUCGCCGGCGGCACCAACUUCGCAUUCGGCGGCGCCCAGACGGGCAUCGACGGCAGCGACGUGCCGCAGAUCCCGGGCUUCCCGUUCAGCAUGCGCACGCAGCUCAACACCUUCCUGGGCGCCACCGGCGGCAUCGCCGAUCCGAAUGCGCUCUACAUCGUCGCGGGCGGUGGCAACAACAUCCGCGCCGCGCUGGAAGCCAUCGCCGCGGGUGCCGACCCCAACACCACCGCCGCCGCCACCGUGGCUGACUACGCCAACGACAUGGCCGGCCUCGUGUCGAGCCUGAAGACCGCCGGUGCGCAACACGUGCUGGUGCUGAACACGCCGAACUUCGGCCUGACGCCGCUGGCCAAUGCGCUGGGCGUCAGCGCGCUGGCCACCAACCUGAGCUUCGCGAUGGACGCACAGCUCGCCGGCGCGCUCGCCGGUGCUGGGGUGAAGACCUUCGACAUGUUCAGCUUCAUGACCGGUGUGGUCGGUGCGGGUGCCGCCUCGGGCUUCAGCAACUGGACCAACGCCUGCGGCGCGGCCGUCAAUGCCUGCGACGUGAACACCGCGCUGUUCUGGGACGGCAUCCACCCGACGACGCUGGCCCACCAGCAGCUCGCCGCCGCCGUGCUGGCCGUGGCCGUGCCCGAGCCUGAGGUGGCCGGCAUGCUCGCACUCGGCCUG